CCACCCACCCCCAAAGCGACUCUUCUCUGUUCUCUCCUUCCUUCAAAAUUAUCCUCUCGUUUUUAAAAAAUUUAUUAAUCAUUAUAAAUUCAAAAAAAAUACAUUUUUCUCUAGAAAGGAAAAACAAAACCAACUUGUUUGUAAGUUAAAAAUCAAGUCAACGAAAACAUUGUUAAUGAAAUAACCCUUACUACAACACUGUGCUUAGCACAACGAAUCGGACAGACAAAAACUGGCUGGAUCCAAUUGAUGUCGUCGUGCCUUUGACAAAGUUCCUUUUUGUGUUAAACUCUUCUUUCUGCCUUUUUUUUUAACCAAUUUAUUUUGUUCAUCCGAGAGAGAGAUGAUGAAUUGCAUUCCCUUAUUACUGUCACCCAAACCGGAGGUUUCAAACCCUCCUCAUCCCCAAGAGCAGCAGGAGCCACAGAGAGGGAGGAUGCAAGAGAUCGAUCUUGGUGUUCACACUAUCAAGAGCCAUGGAGGACGAGUCGCCUCUAAACACAAGCACGAUUGGAUCAUACUCGUCAUCUUGAUUGCCAUCGAGAUCGGCCUCAACCUCAUCUCUCCUUUCUACCGUUACGUCGGAAAGGACAUGAUGACUGACCUCAAGUACCCUUUCAAGGACAACACCGUCCCCGUCUGGUCUGUCCCCGUCUACGCUGUUCUUCUUCCCAUCCUAGUCUUCGUCUGCUUCUACCUGAAGAGGACUUGUGUGUACGAUCUGCACCACAGCAUCCUCGGGCUUCUCUUCUCCGUUCUGAUUACUGGUGUCAUCACCGACUCCAUCAAGGUCGCCACCGGACGCCCUCGUCCUAACUUCUACUGGCGCUGCUUCCCCGACGGCAAAGAGCUGUAUGAUGCCUUGGGUGGUGUGAUCUGCCACGGCAAAUCAGGUGAGGUCAAGGAAGGCCACAAGAGCUUCCCGAGCGGACACACCUCCUGGUCCUUUGCGGGGCUCACCUUCCUCUCCCUCUACCUCUCUGGCAAAAUCAAGGCCUUCAACGGAGAAGGACACGUGGCUAAGCUCUGCCUCGUGAUCUUCCCUCUGCUCGCCGCUUGCCUUGUUGGGAUAUCUCGUGUGGAUGACUACUGGCACCACUGGCAAGACGUCUUCGCCGGAGCUCUCAUCGGAUCCCUUGUAGCCGCCUUCUGCUACCGUCAGUUCUACCCAAACCCUUACCACGAAGAAGGAUGGGGUCCCUACGCAUAUUUCAAGGCAGCUCAAGAACGAGGAGUCCCUAUGACCUCCCAAAACGGAGAUGCCUUGAGGACGAUGUCUCUGCAGAUGGAUUCAACUUCUCUAGAAAACAUGGAAUCUGGCACUUCCACUGCUCCCAGAUGAUGAUGAUGAUGAUCCUUCUUCUAUUCCAUUAUUUGAUUCAUUAUUUGUCUUUUCAUUUUGGUCGUUUGUGAGAUUGUGGAUGGUACGGUAUAGCUACGUUUACGUAUGUAUGUAUGCAUGUAUGUGUGUAUUCAACCCUCUACCCAAAACCCUUGCAUUUGUAAAUGUACUCCCUCGUUUUUGGGCUUUCGGCCCUUUCUCUUUUGUUUCAGUAGAGACAAAUAUAUUUUGAUGAAUUCUAACAGACAGUUUGAGUUGGGUU